AUGUCUGACUCGAACCAAGAGAUGCGAGACUCUUAUGGACGGGUGAAAAAUAAUCCUUUCAGUGGAAAUACAUUAGAUACUUUUGUCGGAGGAGCCACACCGCAGAGAAAGACUUCUUGGGAAUUAAAUACAGCUGAAAGCUCGAAUGCGGCAAUCGGAAGAGGCCGAAUGGCACCCCAUCUUUCAAACAUCAUAGGACCCAUUUCAGCUGAUGUACAUGAUCCUCAGAGCAAUUUCAAACCCCCCAAAGUACCAUUGGAAAAUUGGCGACCAGGAGGACUGACACGACUUAAUCCUCCCGUACGAGACAACGAGCCACGCGGUCCACGGUAUUCAUUUGGAGGGUACACAACAGAUUUUAUAUGGAGGACCUUUAUGAAGAAACACUGGUAUGAAGAUUUUCUUAGUAUUGACGCAAUUGAUCUAUACCUCUUCGUAAGAUUGUGCUGUCACCUUGGUCUUACGGUAGAAAAUCCUCCGAGUCCAGAUUGUAUCGCCAGUAUUGUCGCCAUCUUGGCAGUCCCAUGUUUAGAGAGAUCACUAACAAUGUUUCCGCCUCGUGGACUGUCAUAUUUGAGUCCUUUCACUGCUACUUUGGUCCGCGACGUAUUUGAAUACCUCGGAUGUACACGAAAUCCCUAUCGGCAAUGGCCAGUCGAUAGAACCAUCGAAUGGAUCGAUACGAUACAGGGCGAUGGUCAACAACAGAACGAUCAACUGACGUAUCUUCGGAAUCCUUUACGGUUCGCUAUAGAACGAUAUUAUGAUUCAUUUCCACAGAGCCCACCCGGACUCGUAGCCCGAGCUAAUAUCCAAUGGUACCCCGACAUGCAUACUUUUAUGUAUAUCCCAGUGCCGGAGGUUGUUAAUCUACUAGCUACUCUCGUCUAA